CAAAUCCUAUCAUCAUGAAUUCUUAUCAACAUCUUUCCUUUAACAAUGUGGACUACAGCUACUGCCCACUUGCACCUUUGCAGCAAAGUGCAUCUUACGUGCCUCAAAGUGUGUCAAAGUCUUGUGACUUUAAUUGUGUUUGCUGUGCACGGUUGCAUGUUGGUAACCCUUGUUCAUGUAAUACUUCCAAAACAUCCAUUGGAACUCAGACCGAACUUGCUGUGCCCCAAGGACUCAGUUCUGAGCUUUUUUGGAAACGUGGUACAUAUGAACACUCCAUUAUGCAGAAAUCUGUUCAUCAUGUUGUUGAAAAGUACAAAUUAGACGGGAAAAAGGAUGCCAACUGGGAAACUGCGACCACAGAAAUCUUGACUUCCUUCGCACCCGGUCUGCUCCAGACCCAAAGUAACAGACAUAAGAUUCAGCACAGAAUGAGAAGAACCAUCUACUGGACAAGGUUUUAUGAAAAAAAGAAAUCUCCAGCUGAAAAUGGUGGACAAAAAUCUGUUUACAAGUUUUUGUGCGAGUCGAGAAGGCGAAAAGCAAGCACACAGGAAACUGCAGCCCUCCUGACAAAUGAAGAUGACAUUGGAGCUGACAAUAGAGGAGCAGAUCAUACAACUCCCAUCAUCACUACUCCAUCUGAUGAUGACAGCUCUGAUGACAGUGAUGUACCCCUGUCCACUUAUGUGAAGAAAGGGAAGAAAGACUGA